UUUACCAGCACUAUAUAUCGGUCUAUUUCUGUAAAAAGGUCUUUUCGCAGGAAUAGCAAUAUAAAAACUGUUCUUUGUACCAUGACGCGACAGCAGAUGUUGUCUGAGGGAAUAUCGCGUAAUAUAAAUAAAUCGCAAGCAAUACCAACAAUAUCGUAGCCAAAGAAUAAUAGAAAAUAGAUAAUCAAAAUGCCGAUUGAUACGCGCGAGCUAAUGGAAGCUAUUGCAAUUGUUGCUGAUGAGCAGAAUAUACGUGUAGCUGUAAAACAAUCUGCAAAGGGCACAGCGAUCUGUGCUGCCUGCUGCUUUGCAGGUGGCCUACUGAUGGGUCCAGUGGGCCUAGCUGUUGGUGGCGCUGCGGGAGGAAUUGCCGCCUACAAAGUGACCAGUGGCACAUUUAAGCCGCUGGGAGAGGUAAUAUUAAACGAUUUGACAGACAUGCAGCGCGAGCAGCUAGUGCAACAUGUGACAAAAGCCGUCGCCGAGGUACACCCCACAGAUUUGGUAAUGCUGCUUCCGUUGAUAACGCAGAAUGCCUCCGUUCAACAGGCUGUGCUCAGUACAAUUAUGUCGUUUGUUACCAAUGAACUGCGCAUGCAGAUUGUUGACUGAUAAGCUGAUUUGUAAAUGCGCCCUGGUCCAAUUACCGAUUUUACUGAUGUACAUAUGAAAAUAUAAUUUUAAUAAUAAUUUCCUUAGAUACUAUA